UGUAAGAUGAGAAGGAGAAGGUGGGCCUCACCCAGGAGGGGAGGGCGCCCAGAAACUUCCUGCAGCUCUCAGCUCCGCCGCAGACUGCGAGCAAGAGUCCUUCUACAAACUUUCAGAGGCACUCGGGGUGUCGGGGCCAAGGGAGAAGCGAGCGGAGCCGUGCGUCCCCAGCUAGGAGCCGGGACACUGGCGUUUCCAGUUUGGACAGAGCUUUGAGCCUCGGAACUGACGGCGCCAGUUCACGUAAGCAACCUGGAAAAUCGCUCGCUAUAACUCCGAGGGGGUGGGGGGAACCCUUGGACUUGUCGCCUGCGGAGAAAAUUUCAGGGAGGUGACACCCUGCAUGAGCAGAGUUGCUGGGACUCUCCCGUGCCUCCUCCCCAAGACUAGAAGCUUAGAGGUUUUUUUUUUUUGUUUUUUGUUUUUGUUUGGGCUUCUUGCCCCCCACCCCAGAGUCCACUCUGGAGAUCUUAAAGACUCUCGAGAAAAGCCACGUGGGGGGCUGGUUCCCCUGGGGUUUCCUCCCCUCCCCCGAUUGCCUGAUCCUCUGGAGUGUCCCUGAUGUCUGCAAAGAUGUCGAUCUGGACGUGUUAGUGGAGGCCUUAAGGCCCGUAGGCACCUUUAAGAAGAUCGGGAAGGUGUUCCGCAAAGAGGAGGACUCCACGGUGGGAAUGCUGCAGAUUGGGGAGGAUGUUGACUAUCUGCUCAUUCCCCGGGAGGUCCGGCUGGCUGGGGGCGUGUGGAGAGUCAUCUCCAAGCCCGCCACCAAGGAAGCUGAGUUUCGGGAGCGGCUGAUCCAGUUUCUGCAGGAGGAGGGCCGCACCCUGGAAGACGUGGCCCGAAUCAUCGAAAAGAGCACUCCACACCCACCCCAGCCCCUCAAAAAGGCCAAGGAGCCCCGAGUGAGGCGAGUCCCACAGAUGGUCACUCCUCCACCUCGGCUGGUCGUAGGCACCUAUGACAGCAGCAACGCCAGCGACAGCGAGUUGAGUGACUUUGAGACCUCCAAAGUCAAAGGCAACAGGGGCUCCCAGAGGACCAGAAAGGUGCGCAAAAUGCCGGUCAGUUACCUGGGCAGCAAAUUCCUGGGCAGCGACGUGGAGAGCGAGGAUGAUCAGGAGCUGAUAGAGGCCUUCCUCCGCCGUGGGGAGAAGAAACCCAGCGCGCCUCCUCCACGUCGCCGAGUCAAUCUGCCAGUGCCCAUGUUUGAGGACAACCUGGCGCCCCGGCCGUCCAAGGCCGACAGAUGGCGGGAGUAUGUCAGCCAGGUGUCCUGGGGGAAGCUGAAACAGAGGGUGAAGGGCUGGGCGCCCAGAUCAGGCUCCGAGGUGGGCGAGGCCCAGCAGGCCUCCAUCGCAGCUGAAAGGGCUGGAGAAUUGAGACGCAGCCACACCAGCCGGGACGACAGCUCCAGAGACGCAGGAGAUGGGAGCGACCAGACACUGGGUACCAGACGCUGGAAGCCCAAGAUCAAGUGGGUCUCCUUGAGGAGGUGCAGGAAGGAGCAGGCGCCACCCCUAGCUCAGGGGAGAGCUGAGGGGCCCCCAGAGGCUGCCGAGAACCAGGGGGCAGAGGUUCCAGCUGAACGUGGAGCAGAGGCUGCAGCUAACCCGAGGGCAGAGGCUGCAGCUAACCCGAGGGCAGAGGCUGCAGCUAACCCGAGGGCAGAGGCUGCAGCUAACCCGGGGGUAGAGGCUGCAGCUAACCCCAGGGCAGAGGCUGCAGCUAACCCGGGGGCAGAGGCUGCAGCUAACCCCGGGGCAGAGGCUGCAGCUAACCCGGGGGCAGAGGCUGCAGCUAACCCCAGGGCAGAGGCUGCAGCUAACCCGGGGGCAGAGGCUGCAGCUAACCCGAGGGCAGAGGCUGCAGCUAACCCGGGGGCAGAGGCUGCAGCUAACCCGAGGGCAGAGGCUGCAGCUAACCCGGGGGCAGAGGCUGCAGCUAACCCCAGGGCAGAGGCUGCAGCUAACCCGAGGGCAGAGGCUGCAGCUAACCCGAGGGCAGAGGCUGCAGCUAACCCGAGGGCAGAGGCUGCAGCUAACCCCAGGGCAGAGGCUGCAGCUAACCCGAGGGCAGAGGCUGCAGCUAACCCGAGGGCAGAGGCUGCAGCUAACCCGAGGGCAGAGGCUGCAGCUAACCCGAGGGCAGAGGCUGCAGCUAACCCGAGGGCAGAGGCUGCAGCUAACCCGAGGGCAGAGGCUGCAGCUAACCCGAGGGCAGAGGCUGCAGCUAACCCGAGGGCAGAGGCUGCAGCUAACCCCAGGGCAGAGGCUGCAGCUAACCCCAGGGCAGAGGCUGCAGCUAAUCAUGAAGCAGAGGCUGCAGCUAACCCGAGGGCAGAGGCUGCAGCUAACCCCAGGGCAGAGGCUGCAGCUAAUCAUGAAGCAGAGGCUGUAGUGAAUCCGAGGGCAGAAACUGCAGCUAAUCUGAGGGCAGAGGCCCCCGAUAACCAUGAGUUUGAAGCUGCAGCUAAUCAGAAGACAGAAGCCCUACCUGACCGGAGAGCAGAAGCCAUAGAUAGUCCGAGGGCAGAGGGCCCAGCUAACCAAGGGGCUGGAGCUGCAAAAAAUCAGAGGGUGGAGGCCCCGGCAGACCCGAGGGCAGAAGUCCUCCAUGACCAGAGGGAGGAGGCUGGACCUCAGGCUCUAGCGGAAGCCUCAGCUGGCUCGGUUAGCCUAGGAACCGUCUCGGGAGCUAGGGUCCGGAAACAGGUAAAGACAGUGAGGUUCCAGACCCCAGGACGUUUCUCCUGGUUCCGCAAGCGCAGGAGGGCUUUCUGGCACACUCCCCGGGUGCCAACCCUGCCCAAGAGAGUCCCCAGGGCAGCUGAGGCUAGGAGCCUCAGGGUGUUGAGGGCUGAGGCUAGAGCAGAGAUGGAACACAGAGAGCAAGAGGAGCAGCUGUGAGGGGAGCCCCAGGAGCCUGCACCAGGCCCGCCCUGGGGGAGCUGAUAGGGUGCCUCCCUCCCUUGCAGGCUCCUUCUCCUUCCGCGUUUGAAAAUGGAGGCUGCGGAGGCAGGCAGCCCCUCCUACACCUUUACCUCCACUUUGCUCCCCCUUCUCCACCUUCUUCCUCUCCCCUUCUUUUUGAGACAGUCUUUCUGUACAGCCCCGCCAGCCUGGAACUCCAUCUAUAAUUGGUCUCAAACUCACAGUACGCCCCUGCCUUAGUAUGCCAAGCACCAGGACUGCAGGUGUGUUUUGCUACAUCUGGCUCUAGUGACCCUCUUUUCUUGUUUUUGUUUUGUUUAAGAGGGGUUUCUCUGUGUAGUCCUGGCUGGCCUGGAACUCAAUAUGUUGUGGGAGCCCGUUUUCGGGUUCCUCGUGGCUUUACCCAGCAGGUCCACAUAGAGGAUGAUUAG